CCGGCGGCGCGACUUGGGCCGCACCUGCUUCUUGCGCAGCUCCGCCGCCGCCCUGGGGGCGCUCGGGUCAGUGUCGAGGCCGAGGCGCGUGAAGUUCUGCGCGGCGGUGCUAGCGCGGUCGAAGUAUUUCUGCGUGAAGUGAUUGUUCGCGCCCGCCACGUCAACACGGCGCACGUGGGCGAAGCGGCGCUUCAGGUACUGCCGCUUCCCCACGCGGGUGACGGGGAUGUUCUUCUUGACCUUGCCCUUGGGCGUGACGCGCAGCCGACUCAUCUGUGCCUCCUCGUCUCUGUCUCGUUUUUGUUGGUGUUGUUGCUGUUGCCUCCGCUUUCGUGUCCUUCCGCCUCCUCUUUAUUCCGCCUGCCGCUUUCUGCUACUCUGCGGGGGGAGAAUCGCCGGGCGAAGGCAGCGAGAGCGGGGUCCAUCACCGAUGGGGACGAAAAUAGCAAAAUAAAACACAAAGAAAGGGAAGAAAGGGUAUCACUAGUAUCAGCAAUGCUUUGCAGCACCCAAAAGCAGACAUAUUUACUACCUUUCCCCUACUGCCGCGGUCCUUCUGCUGGGGGCUUCAUGCCUGCUCAUCCUCACAACUCCCGCUCUUGUUGCUGUCUCGUUUAG